AGCUUGAAACAACUACCAGGCCACUAUUGGGAUCGAUUUCUUGUCUAAGACCAUGUACCUGGAGGAUCGUUCAAUCAGGCUGCAGCUAUGGGACACCGCCGGCCAGGAGCGUUUCCGAAGCCUCAUUCCCAGCUACAUCCGGGACUCCACUGUUGCUAUUAUUGUUUAUGAUAUUACAAACAUUAACACCUUCUACCAGACGACCAGGUGGAUCCGGGAAGUUCGGACGGAGCGCGGUGGGGACAUCAUCAUCAUGUUGGUGGGGAACAAGAAUGACCUGGGCCAUAAGAGGGAAGUUUCACCAGAGGAGGGAAAGCAAAAAGCCAAGGACCUGAACGUCAUGUUCAUCGAGACUAGCGCCAAAACCGGCUACAACGUCAAGCAGCUCUUCCGCCGAGUGGCUUCUGUGCUGCCUUUCAUGAACAGUGUCCCAGAGGAAAGCACCAGCGAACUGGUGGAGAUCACUCUGGAGAAGGCGAGUGAGCCGGACGCUGAGGGCGGCGGCGGCUGCUCCUGCUAAGAACCCGCCCCCCUCGGGGGAGCCCGCCCCCCCCCCCCCUCGCAGCGGGCGGGCUCCACGUGGUGGAUCUGAACCUCGCGCUCCUACUUUCGCUGCCCCUCCGAGGUUCCUUCCAUCACCUCCGUCUGCCCCUCGCCUCUUUCCCGGGCGCCGCCCCCGCGGUCCGGACCCCGGGCAGACAGACAGAGGAGGCCGGGUCCAGCCUUCCCUCCUCAGCGGGUGGGGAGGUGUCGAUCGGCCCUCGGCCUCAAGCUGCCCGGCUCGCCCGGGUCUCCCCUGUCCCCUUCGCUUCUUUAAUAAAUGGCUUAGCAUCG